UCAUUUGUAAUUUGGCUGGCGGCGUGCGCGGUUCGGUUUGGAAUUCGAGUUCGAAUUCGGUUAGGCUUUCGCUUUGGAGACUUAGAACCCAGCCAGCUCGCGAGUUCCAGUUCGAGUUCGAGUACGCUUUCGAGUUCGAGAACACUGCCCUAACAGUAAUCCAAUUCACAUUCUCCUCUGCAUCUCCGCUUUCGUAAUUGCGCGUGCGCCAAGGGAAUAACCGAAUAACCGAAAGAGCGGUGAAAAGCGUUGAGCCGAGUGCGCGUUAGUUGGUAUUAAGGAUCCGCCGUUGUCCUUAAACCCGUAACCGUGGCGAAGGAACUGGCCACCUUGUUGACACAGCCACAGAUCAGUCCCGAGAUGACGCAACAGCCGCAGUGGGGCAUAAGCCUCUCGAGGUAUUUCUGUAUACCCCAGCGAGUGAUCCUGGCCAUCAUGGGCUUCCUGGCCAUCCUGAAUGCCUACACGAUGCGCGUCUGUCUAUCGCAGGCCAUCACCGUGCUGGUGGUCAAGAAGAACUCCACGGACGACGACUCUGAAGCGAUCUGCCCACCCGACGACCUCGACGAGGGAACCAGUGCUGGUGGCAAUUUUGAAUGGUCCGAGGAGCUGCAGGGUCUGAUCCUGUCCUCCUUCUACAUCGGUUACAUUGUCACCCACAUUCCCGGCGGCCUGCUGGCCGAGAAGUUCGGUGGCAAAUGGACCCUGGGACUUGGCAUUCUGUCCACCGCCGUGUUCACUCUGCUGACGCCCUUGGCCAUCAACAAGGGUGACUCCGACUGGCUGAUUGUGACCCGUGUGCUGAUGGGUCUGGGCGAGGGAACCACCUUCCCCGCUUUGAGUGUCCUGCUGGCUGCUUGGGUGCCGGCCAACGAGCGUGGAAAGCUCGGUGCUCUGGUGCUGGGUGGUGGUCAAGUGGGUACUAUCAUGGGCAACCUGUUGUCGGGAGUCUUCAUAGACGCCUAUGGCUACGAGUUUGUGUUCUACUUCUUCGGCGGCCUGGGCGUUGUCUGGUUUGCCAUCUUUAUCUUCCUCUGCUACAGCGAUCCCACUUCGCAUCCCUUCAUCAAGCCCAGCGAGCGCGAGUAUCUGGUCAAGGAGAUCGGCACCAUUAGCCGCAACGAGGACCUGCCCCCCACUCCCUGGAAGGCCAUUCUCACCAACCUGCCCAUGUUUGCCCUGGUGGCCGCCCAGAUUGGUCACGAUUGGGGCUUCUACAUCAUGGUGACCGAUCUGCCCAAGUACAUGGCCGACGUCCUCCAGUUCUCGAUCAAGGCCAACGGUCUGUACUCCUCGCUGCCCUACAUCAUGAUGUGGAUCGUGUCCGUGGGCAGUGGCUUUGUGGCCGAUUGGAUAAUCCGCUCUGGCCUGAUGACCACCACGAACACUCGCAAGGUGAUGACCGGUCUGGCUGCCUUUGGACCGGCCAUCUUCAUGGUGGGCGCUUCCUACGCCGGCUGCGAUCGCGUCCUCGUCGUGGUGCUCUUCACCAUCUGCAUGGGUCUGAUGGGCGCCUACUAUGCGGGCAUGAAGCUGAGUCCCCUGGACAUGAGUCCCAACUACGCCGGCACACUCAUGGCCAUCACAAACGGAAUUGGAGCAAUCACCGGAGUGAUUACGCCGUACCUGGUGGGCGUGAUGACACCAAAUGCCUCGCUGCUGGAGUGGCGUCUUGUGUUCUGGGUGGCCUUCGCCGUGCUCUGCGUCACUGCCGUUGUCUACUGCAUCUGGGCAUCCGGAGAGGUGCAGCCGUUCAACAAUGCCCCCAUCCAGCCGCGUUCCGUCGACUUUGAGGCACAGGAGCGCAAGGUGGAUGGUGAAAAGUCGAAGGGUCUGGAGCAGAGCUCCUAAUGCGGAUCGCCAAAACGAGUGCCAUACAUAUAUGUAUACAUUGUAAUCUAGUUAAAGCGCUGUCUACGCGGAUUCGUGAUUCGUGAUCCGCGAUCUGGGAUCCGAGAGGUUCCCAAAAGCAGUGUCAUGCCGUAUACGCAGUGGCUGUUGUUCAAAUUGCUAGUUUUAUAGUAUUCCCGAUCUGGCCGAUCCCUGGCGAUCCAAACGCCAACUAACUAAUCUAAGCGAAUUUACUUACACUCCCGAACGUGCGCAGUGUACCAUGUUUAUCCCAUCUUUUAGCUAGGAUAACCCUUAAACUAAUCCUUAUCCUAAUCCUAAUUCAAGACUAUCCCCCUUCGCCGCGCACGCAACGUACUCUCUUAAUUAUUAUUUAGUAUUUAAAUAAACAGCGAUUUCACAUUAAGGAUUUCGUGUACCAGAGCUCGUAUUGCCGUAUUGUAAAUCAAAUGAUGAAGUAAUGUGUACAUUUUAAAUUGUUGAUCAAUGUGUAAAGUAAAACGUGUUUUUAGCUCAUCCGUUAAGACAUUACUGUUUUUAUGAUGUUAGUCAAAUAAAGUGUAUAAAGCAAAUUAAAACUGUAA